GCGAUGUCAUUGAGCGUCUCCAAAAGGAGCAGCGCAGUUGACUCAGUUGAGCCUGCGCUGGUCCUCACACACUCACUCCUCUCACAUGCAAACACACACACGCUCACACACACUCAGGCAUUCAGUCACACAGCUGCUGCUGCGGAGCGCGGAGGAGUUCAGAGAGACGGAGGGAGGAGAGAGAGAAGGGACAGGCAGCACCAGCAAAGAGAGAGAGAGAAGGAGGAAGAGAGAGAAGCAGGCAGGGAGGGGUGGAUUGCUGCUGUCACACUUUCACACCUAACGUCUACGUUGGGAUAGAGAGAUUUGAUGUCCGAGGAGGCAGGGUUGGAUGUGAGAGGCAGCAGCGAGGAGAGAAGCAGCCAGGCGCCCAGAGACCCGGAAAGUGAGAGGGCACCAGAGUCCACCCUGAGCGGCACCGCCAACCCCCCGACUACCACCUCUACCAGCAGCAUCACCUCCAACCAGCACCACAACAACAGCGCUAGCCCCACAGCCGUCUCCAGCAGUAGCAGUAGCGGUGGCUCCAGUGGUGCCAUAGGUGUUAGCAUAGUUAGCCGCAGCGCUAAGGGAGCAGAGGGGAGGUCCUCCAUGCAGUUCAGCACCAGACCUCCCAGUGCUGAGCCUGGCUUCAUGGGGACAUGGCAGCAACAGAGCACUGACCAGAGCAACCUCCUCUUCAGAAUGUCCCAGCAGGCGGGUGCUGUAACGCGGCUUCCUCUGAAGUGCGACAGGUCGACUAUGGGCCGAGACCUUACGGACGAGGUACAGUCGCUUCUAUAGCUUGACAUGUUUCUCCUAUCUCCUCAGUAUUGUUACAGCAUCUGAGAUGCAGGCAUGCAGCGGUAUUUGAUCCCAAUACAAGCAAUAGGUGGAUUAACACAUCAGAAAUGUUAGUGGAAAAUAUAAACUAUAGUAAUUAUAUAGGUUAUUAUUAUACCUAAUAUAUGUUAAUAAUGGGCCAAGCAUGAACACAAUGGUAUAAUAAUAAUACUCUAUUGUAUUAUUUUUUUGCUAUUAAAAUAGUUCAGCAAUUUUCUAAAUAUGCCAUUAUACUUUAUUACUGUUAUUAUUGUUGAGUGUUAUUUCAUGUUUGAAAUGCCAGGUGCAUGGCCUAUAGCAGAGGAUUCUAGCAGAACUCAUGGCCUAUAGCAGAGGAUUCUAGCAGAACUCAUGGCCUAUAGCAGAGGAUUCUAGCAGAACUCAUGGCCUAUA